AUGAAUAUAUCCUUGCGCACACUGUUUCCCCCUAUUUUUACUUUUCUUAAAUAUAUAUUAUAUGCCGGUGAUGACGACGGCACUAUACCCAUCCCGCGGUCGAACCUCAACGGCCAGCUCGACGACAUCGCGGACCGUGCCGACGGCUCGGACGUGUUGUUCUCCGUCGGCAGCGAGACGUUUCAUGCACACCGCGCCGUGCUCGCCGCGCGCUCGCCGGUGUUCAAGAUGGAGCUCCUCGGGUCCAUGGCGGAGUCCACCAUGCCGUGCGUCACCCUGCACAACAUCGACCCGGCCACGUUCAAAGCUCUACUACACUUCGUGUACAUGGACGCCUUGCCGUCGCCGACCGAGGCGGUGCCGGCUCAACAAGCUGUGGGAGAGUGUGUCGGUGGAGACGGUGGCGAUGACUCUAGGCUACGCGCCUACGCCGAGAGGUACCAUUGCCCGGAGCUAAAGAGCAAGUGGCUCAGCUUCUUGAUGGCGGAGAUCAACUUCAAGAAGGUGGCCGUCACUGAUGGCUACUUUCAUCUUAGGCGGGAUUUCCCGUUAAUUAUCGAAGAGAUAAAAAAGCGGAUUGAGAGUUAA